CUUCAUUUUACCAACAACAAUCCUUCGACGACUCUAUGGUUGGUCGCUCGAUAGUGGAGGGUAGCUGCUCGAGGAGAUGCGAGCACUAUGGACUCAAAUUCCUCGGCCUAGAUUGAGUCGCUGCCCCUCUAUCUCGUCAGUCGAUACCGUUACUCCUGCCUUGGUGCGGAAAACUACUACAGCUCCUCUGAGACGCCGCCCUACCUUCAACGAUGUCUUCACCAUCUUCUUGGCUCCUGUCCUUGCCGCCGUCUUCAUAGUCGAUACCAGCUGGAAAGCAAAACAACGGAAGGAUUGGGACGACAGGCUCUCAGAAAUUCAAGAAGAAAUCAAGGAGAUACAUGAACGAGAACAGCGGGUCAGAAAUGCACUACGGAUUCAAUCCCACAAGAAUGGAAUCUUCAGUCAAAGAAGGGGCUAUUCUACGGCUACGCAAGCUCGAGUGGAGUUCGAAGAGGAAGUAGAGGAUCAGGUGGACGUGCCAAUAUGGGAAGAGGAGGGAGGAAUGCCCCAAAUCCGCAGAUGCGUCUCUCAGCAGCACACACAGCCUAUCGAGGAUCUGGAGCCUGCUAAAGUGUACAAAGACGGCAUGUUCUCCGCGAACGAGAUGGCAAAUCUUCAACGCUACCAUCGACUCAACGCUAUCAUGCUGUCCAUCAGGAUGCUUCUCCAUCUUCAGAUAGGGCCGAGUCCUUACUUUACCUUGGUACCAGGUGAAGAUGUGGUGGACGCUGAAGAUGUCAAAUUUCCUCAAGACAACAACAAACUUGUCGAGAUGCUAAGGUUGACGCGGAAGGAAAUGCGGCCUCUCAAAAACCGUCAGGACCUUUUCCUUGUUGCCCCUCAUAUCGACGCCCAAGCCUCGAGAUCAGACCUGAACAAUGUCGUUAGAAAGCUAACGACGGAAUUCGACGAAGGAAAGAUAAUGUUAAGUGAACUUAUCCACGGCUUCGGACAAGCACUUCUUCAAACGACGGACGUACUGUCCGUCUCUUCAUAUGUUAUGCUCCUUCGAAGCCUUUCGAAGCAUGGGAACUACUCGCUAUCAUACCACGUCAUCGCAGCCAUGAAAAACAGCACCUUACCACUGUCUGAUGAUGCCCUCUUUCAUAUAAUACUCCAGAUUGGUCAAGCUUGUGAUUCACGCUCCUUGAACCAUAUCUUGCCAUUGAUAACCAGGUCAGACGACAAGUUCAAUGUCCUGAACAAAUGGGAAAGAAUUCACGCGGAUGGGUUGGAUCUGCCUGUCCCUGCUUCCUUAAACGUACGACUGCUGCAAGUCUUGAUCUAUACAGCUCUACGGUGCGAACAACCCGAGCGAGCAGAAGGUUGGCUAUCAUUACUCCGCGAGAUGGACUAUGGCGCCUUGAGGAAGAACCACUUGUUCAGAAGCUUCCUAACCUAUUAUUCGCUGCACGGCAACUGGGAGAAAGGCAGAGUCUGGCUACAUCGGUCAAUCCACCACGCAUCAUCAAUUGCUGCCCACACAUACGACGGCUUCGUACGUUUGGUCUACCGUAUGCUCGAUUUGUGUGUCAAAUGCCGUAAACUACCCGAAUAUACCACGAUUUUGGAGGCAGCAGUCAAGUCCGGCAUUGGCCCGCCUGUCAGGCAACGCAAUCCCAAUAAUCGCAAGGUGAUUUAUGCUCGAGGCCGCAGCAUCCUGGACGAAUGGGGUGCCCUCCCAAUCUCAGAAGACGUCAUAUCACUUCCGCCAGCAGAGAAGGUGAGAUCCUUCGAAGAAGCGUGCAGGAAUUUCCUAGAACAUAUUUCCGAUGCACCGUAUCUGGCCCAAGAGUCAUCACAACCGGGCGAGAAUGGUGACCUAGAACCUAUGCCUCCUUCGACGCAGACUUUGCAUCAAGCAGUACGUCGUCAACAGAAUAGGGCUCCUUCUGAGUGGGGUCACAAUCAACCUAACGGUAUCACGCUUGCCGAACAGGCGAAAAUUGAUGCUAGGUUCGAGCGUCAAGACAACACAAUUCAUGCGCUGAAAGCAAGCUUGGACAUUGCCGAAGCACGAUACAAGGCUGCCCGGGGAGAUAAGCAGGAGCGGGAAGAAACCACUCUCCGACUGGAGAGAACCGCGGCCGAGUUGCGAGAGCGACUGGAUGCAGCUCUGAGAUCUGACCGGGAAAGGGCUCAUAACACAGCUCAUUUGGAGAAGACUGCUGAGGAAUUACAAAACCGACUGAAGGAAUCCCAAGUCGCAAUGCAGGAGCUCCAAGAACGUAACCAAUCUUACGCGAAACUGCAAGCUAAACUCCGAAGCGAGAUAUCGGAAUUGAAAGCCACCACGAAACGAUUAAAGGAGCAGCAACAGGCACAACAGUCGGAACAUACCACCACCAGAAAGCUUCGACAACCCGCCAGGAGACGUGCAGAGGUGAAGGUUGCUGCAGUCGAAGCGAGUAAACCUGCCCCUGUGGCAGUCAAACAUGUCCCAGUGUCCGCGUCAAAACCGAUGCCGUUGCCAGAGCCUAACAUUCGCUUUACACCGACAGUCACCUCGCAAGACGUUGCUCUUCAAGUCCAAAACCCCACCGCCCUACGACUGAAGCAUCUGUCGCCAAAUAAAGUCAGGCAGAGAUUGCGACUUGUGGCCUCAAGCGACAAUGCGAUACCCCCGACAGUAAUGGCUUGAGUUUGAGCCCUACAUAGCCAGCCUUGACAGGCACUACUGUCACAAAUUAUCGAGUUCACUCCAAGGAAGAUACCAGGCUAGCUGGACAUCAACUGGCAGUGACCUCGUGGCAAAUGGUCAAUUGACGACGCAAAAAGUUCAUUACCUCAUAGCGUCUGGGUUUAUACCCGAACAAGAGCCCACCAAGAGCCUGAAACUGAGUAUUGCACUGAUUGAUCUCGGCUUUGCAUCCUUCGGGGACAGCGACCAGAACCUUUCGGGCUCUUUCCUAUCGGAUGAUAUGCCAGUAAUGGCCACGCCGCACCGCAUGGUGUGAUCGGCCAUGUAAUACGACUCAGCUGUUCAAUGUGUGUUGGCUGUGCAGGUGAAGCUCGGAAGCAGAUCCCCUGUCGUAGAACGCAUGGCCACUGCGAAGGCAGACCGGGCCCUGGACAACACCGAUUCCCAGGUCCGCUUGAGCAGGUCUCAGCGCCGCUGGCAAGGUUGGUCUUGGCCGAACCCAAUCUGAGAUAACCCGGGCACAAGGUCAGCCGUUCGCCUCUUUACAAGAGGACACCAUCCCAUGGGGCGCUGUUUCGCCGUCCAAGCGCGACACGAGCAUUGCGAAGCUAUGGGCGGACCAAGUAGGAUCGCAUCUUGAGGAGGGCGGAAGAACAUAUAUGCCGUUGUCCAUUAUACUCUGGCGAUGGUCGUAUCGAAAGCGCUAACGCCAUUGUAGCAAGCUGCAUAUCGAAUCUUUACAGGAUCUCAAAUCCUCCGUCAAAGAGUCUCAUGGAUCAGAUAUGAUUCAUCUUGGACUUGCCUCCCACGAAAUCACGACCCGGUCUCUGCAUCUCCGCCUCAAGCUCCUAGCGCGCCGAUCAUAGGAGGAACAGGUAUAAAAUAACGUAUAUACAUAUAGAAAUAUGAUAUCUCAAUGACUCAAGACUUGCC